GGAGGAGCUGCCGCCCACCAGAUCCCUGGCAGGCCUACGGUGCAGCCCCAAAACCAGUGGCUCCGGUCGACCCCUGGGGCCCACCGUCCUCCUCUGUUGCCCCCAUGAAGAGCAGUGAUCCCUGGGGAACCAACGCUGCUCCUGACCCCUGGGGUUCUGGAGGAACACGACCCAAUGCCACCUACUCAGGUGAUGGUCGGGGUCUCUCCUCCCUGACUAGCGGUACCGAGGACCUGUUUGACCCUCUCCCCAGCAGGAAGACCCCAGAGUCCUUCCUGGGUCCUAAUGCAGCAUUGGUCAACCUGGACUCACUGGUCACCAAGCCUCCUCAGCCUGCUCCUGUAGUCAACCCCUUCCUCGCUGCCGCAGUCCCUGUAGCCGCCCCCCAGGCCAACCCGUUCCAGAUGGGCCAGCCUAACCCCCCUACCUUAAACCAGAUGAGGAUCAGCCCUAUGCCAGGCCUGAGUCUGGGAGGUGGUGCAGGGUUUAGCAGCUUGUCCUCCAUGGCAGACCCUCUGCCCCUCUCCUCCUUGCCACCACCCCAGCCCCUGGGGAUGGUCCCCCUGACGGGCCACAUGGUCCCCGGGAUUGGAGGGAUGGGGGGUAUCCCAACCUCUGUGUCUAUGUCCCAGCCCCUGUUCAGUUCAGCUCUGCCCCCCACAGCGGGCACACAUCCUCCUGGGACCACCAACCCCUUCCUGUUGUGAGGGAACACCUCGACAACACCCCUGGAAUCCUCUCCUCAGUCUUUCCACCUCGCCGUUUCCUCUCUUCCCGUUUCCUCUCCUCUCUCUCUUCCCGUUUCCUCUCCUCUCUCUCUUCCCGUUUCCUCUCUUCCCCUCUCUCUCUCUUCCCC